AUGGCAUUGCAAAGACCCGAGAAAUUUCCCGAGAGCCUAAAAACCCGCGUUUUCAAGUGCGUAAAAAACGUGCGGAAGCUCGGGAAAGAGGACCCUAGACGGGUCAUCCAUUCCAUGAAAGUGGGUGUUGCUCUCACAUUGGCGUCCCUACUGUACUACGUUAGACCGCUCUAUAACGUUUUCGGAGUUUCGGGUAUCUGGGCAGUAAUUACGAUUUCUGUAGUUUUCGAUUUUACCGUCGGCGGGACAAUAAGCAAAGGUGUAAACCGAGGAUUCGCAACGUUCAGUGGCUGCGCCUUAGGCGUUGGGGCCGUACACUUCGCAAGUCUCUUCGGACGGGAAGGAGAGGGAGUUGUAAUAACUCUUCUAGUCUUUCUACUAGGAGCGGCCGCCACAUUCUCGAGGUUUUUCCCGCGGAUAAAGCAGAGAUACGACUAUUUUUUCUUGAUAUUCAUACUCACAUUCAGUAUAAUCGCGGUAUCGGGGUACCGUACGAAUGAAAUCGUAGUUAUGGCGCAUCAAAGGCUGUCGACGAUUCUGAUCGGUGGAACGAUCUGUAUACUUGUCAAUAUCCUUAUAUGUCCAGUUUGGGCCGGGGAAGAGCUUCACAACCUUGUUGCUAACAAUAUCGAAAAGCUUGGCCAUUACCUUGAAGGAUUCGCUGAUGAAUACUUUCAAACGACGGGGAAGAUCUCAAAGGAAGCAAAAUCACGUCUUCAAGGAUACAAGAGUGUUCUAACAUCAAAGAGCAAUGAAGAGACUCAGGCGAAUCUUGCAAGAUGGGAACCGAGGCAUGGGCGUUUCCGGCGAUACCAUCCGUGGGAACAGUACCUGAAGAUAGGAGCCUCGGUUCGACAAUGCGCAUUCCAUAUCGAAAUCCUUAACGGCUACGUUACCUCCUAUGUUAGGGCGCCAGAAGAAUUCAAGAGCAGAAUCCAAGAAUCAUGCACGAAUCUAAGCAGAGAAGCAGGAGAAGCCCUAAAAGCCAUUUCCAAAUCCAUCAAAGCCACGAGAAAGUUGGACCCUUUCGUGAAAACCCACAUAGAGAAUUCCAAGGAAGCCAUUGAAGAUCUGAGAAACGCAAUCAGAUUAUUAAUAAACCCUCCAUCCACAUUGAAAGAUGAUCUUCUUCUCGAGAUCAUCGCCGGAGCAACUGUGGCAUCGAUCCUAAUCGACGUCGUGAAAUGCAUCGAGGAUAUCUCCGAGACGGUGGAAGAACUCGCCGUCAAAUCGAACUUCGACGCCACGGUUUCGCCGGAGAAAGGACAACAUGGUUUGCUCCGCCGUGGAAUCGUGAAGCCUGUUCUUGACGGCACCGGAGAAAUUGAUCCUCCUCAUGUUGUUAUCUCUAUUGAUGAUGAGGCGGCCACCGGAGAUUCGCCGGAGAAGAAGAGUCCAGAAGCAAUGAAGGGUCGAGUAGAUAUUGUGUAA